CAUCAAUGACUGUUUAUUUCAUGGAUUCAGUGGUGAGUUAGCCUGAGAUAUGGACUCAAAUGCAGUGAUCAGUCAAUUGAAAGAUCAUAUCAUUACCAGUGAUUUGACACUCAAGACACUCAUCAAAGACAUAUUAGACUGCAAUACAACUGAUGGCGACUUAAAUUACUUGAUCUCAUGUGUCUCACAACGGAUCCGUGUCUACAAGAAGUCUAUCGAUGAUUUGGUGAAUACAUCGAAAGAGGUGUCAAAUGCAUCGACGAAGAAGUCGUUGGACGUAGAAAUCGAUGGCUUCCGCAACCAAUUGGAGGCAAACUCUAUAGCCCUGAGGAAAGCGAUCGCUUCCAGUCAGAAGUCCAUCACUACGAAGACAAGGGAACAGCUGUUUGGCACUGAUUCUCAACAGACAGCUCUUAGGCAGAGGAAUGGGUCGGCAGUUAACAGUGAGGUGUUGGCCACCAAAUCGACGGCCAUUACGGAUAACCUGAAGACAGUGAGCCGUCUGUUGGCCUCUCAGGUGACCCAAAGUGAGCACACUUUGCAAACCCUGAUCGGCUCGUCAGCCACUGUCACGGAAACGGGCGAAGAGUUCAAAUCGAUGGCUAAUCUGAUUGUGCACUCGAGGAAGUUGUUGACCAAAUACGGGCGCCGGGAGGUGACCGACAAAGUGCUCAUCGUAUUAGCCCUUAUGUUCUUCUUUGGAUGUGUUUUAUAUGUUAUGACAAAACGACUCUUUUGGAGAUACUAUUAGUUUUCGUUCAAACUUUUAACUCAAACUCAUAUUUAUUGUAAUAAUAAUAAUACAGAUUUUAUUAUUUUUAAUAAAUUAUAUUUUUAUAGCCGU